GGGCGUUAAACCCCAUGCUUCUUUGCAUGCACAUUGCAUUUUUUUUAAAAUCGAAAUUCUCCUUUCCGAUCACUGUUUUUUGCACCACCAACUAUAAUCUAGAACUAGAAUCAGAUGACGGAAAAAAUGGAGGUGACGGAGAAGGUGUGUGCAACAGAGGAAGUAGUGCAGGCGUUGCUGGAAUGUAUGGUGGAGCCGUUGUUAGGGCACAGUUCUUGCAAAUCAAAGAAAGUUCCGACACUUGAUCAACAAAAAUCCAUGGCUAAACAGGUGGGUGCUGUUGUGUUGCUCUACAACUACUACUACAGGAAGCAACAUCAAGAUCAGAAAAUAGAAUUUCUUAAUUUUGCAUCAUUUUGCCAAUUAGCUGUAGUUCUGAAACCAACUUUGAUGACAUAUGUGAAAUUAAUGCAUCGAUCAGAUUACACUGACGUGGACAAUUUGGAAAGCCAACUUUCACUCACUGAGAAGGAAAUUAUGAGGGCAUGUGAUAUAUCUUCAACGCUGGAUGCUGCAGAAGUUGUUCCGCUAUCACAGAAAUGGCCUACUUCCAAAGUUGCUGUAUUCUUAGUUGAUUCAAGGAGGGAGAAUUGCUUGCUCAUGCAUAGUUCUAUGACCUGUGCAGUUUGGUCCAUUAUUGAGAAACAUCUUGAUGUCUCUUCAAGUUAUCUUUUUGAUUCAAAGUGCAUAAGCAAAAAGAAAAAAGCUAACAUGUUUUCAACCGGUCUUCAGUAUGCUGAUGGAUCAUCGCUCCAAGAUCUUGCGCUUUCCGCUGCCACAGAAGCAACAGGCAUCAAUAGAAGUGAUCUGGUUGUCCUAGAGAGCCACCUUGUAUAUUCCUUGGAUAAAGAAAAAGCAUCCGCGCGAUUAUAUCUUGUACAAUCCACUAAGUUGGUGAAUGAAGGUUUUACGAUUCCUAUUCGCGACAUCAUUGAAAGCUUGCAGGGUCCUUUAAUCAAGAAAAAUUCAUGUGAAUGGUCGGUUGCUCCAGCUGUUGAGUAUUUUCACUUGCUUCCCUACCGAGAGAUUUUGUCGAACUGGCAUUCUAGGGAGCGGUUGUCAAGUGGCUUGCAAGAUCUACAUGUAGAAGUGGUAGCUGCCCAUGCAUAUGAUGUACACGUUGGAGGUAGCUCCAGCGAGAAAGAAGUAAAUCAGGAGAAUGUGGCUCCACCCAUGAUUAAGUCAUGCAUUACUGAUUACGAUGAUGAAAAGAUUGUUGAAGCGAAAAGAAGAAGAGUUAUGCAAGGAGUCUCUGCAGUAGGCCUGUCUCAGUUGGGUUCCCAACAAUCUGAGGAUGGAGUAACCACUUUGGCUUCAAAGGAAUAUGCAAUAUCACAAUCUGCCUUGACUGUUCUUCGCUGGAAAAGAGAGAAACUGCAUUAUCAGCUACGCAUUUUGGAAGAUGAGAUUGCUUUGUGCAAUAAAACUAUUCAGACCGAAUUAAAUGGGGGUGAAAAUGAAGCUCUUAUAGAUGGCUGUAAUGACAUGUGUAUAGAAGACGAAGACAGUACCAAUCAACUGGUAGAAGACUCAUGUACUAUUCAAUAUAGCAAUGGAAAAAGAUUGUCCGAGGCUAUUCUUACUUUGCAAAACCAAUGUCAGCAACUGGAUCAAUUGUGCUGCAGGAAUAAUUGGGUAUUGCCAACAUAUCAAGUCUUUCCACUUGAGGGUGGAUUUCUUGCCAAGGUCAUUGUAAAAGCUGCAGAUUCAAAAGUUAUCAGUAAAAGCAAGAUCUGUGAGAGUCCGCGCAAAGCAAGGGAAUCCGCUGCUGCACACAUGAUUUCAAGCUUUCAAAAGUGAGAGUCCGCGGGAGUCUGCUGCUGAAAACAUGAAUGCAAGAGUAGCUCCGUGGUAGUUCAGAAUCCAUAGCUUUGCAUGGCUAUGGUUCUUUGCAAGUUGUACCAAAGAUGGAAUCUGUCCCAACAUUUUCCCGUGUAAACUCAAGACAUGUACUCGUAAGUUAAAAUAUGUAAGCAUGUGUGUGUUAACUUAUCGAUUCUAGUUAUGAAGAAAUACCAGCUGUUGUCGACUCUAA